UAAGCAUUUGGCUCCAAAGAAAACAGUAUGACCUUAAUAUGGGGUAUUUGACGAGCAUAAUGAAUGAUUGACAUCGCCGUGUUGCCUGAUGACUGCAUGCAAAAGCGAUCGAUUCUGUUAUGUAGACAAUAGGAAAUUGUUAAACAGCCCAGUGGAUCUUUGAAUGUUUGACUAGGAUUCAUUGUUGUCAUAUCAUACAAGUACAAAUGAGCAUGACGAUAGCAACCAGCAUCGAUUAUUUUCUCUUCUUCUCCUAUGGAUACGCGUAGCAAGUGUUUGAAAUCGAUUGAUGGCAAAAUGUGUGACGAAUACAUCAAGACAAGACUGCCCGAUUGUUUAUAUUUUUCCAAUUGUAGCCGACCGAUAUCGGUCAGAGCAACGUCAUUGGAAGGAUGAAUAAUCGUUAAUGAUAAUAUAUCUCGCACAUGUUGAUCAAUAUCACAUUCUUCACUACAGCCUGCUCCACAGAAUAAUUCCAUACAUGGCAAUGCUAAUGCUUGAGUCGCUUGUGAACUAAACACUUUUCAAGUUAUUAAAAUCGAAGAAUGAUCACCAAAGGUGCCUGAGGUUAUCUUUGAACAGCAAUCUUGAUAAAAACAACUGGCCAGCUCGAAGUUUGUAAUCAUCUGACCAAAUUUCAAUUGGAUAAUCGGUUGUUUUGCUAAAUCUCCAUAGAUACCAUUGUGUAUACUUUUCGACAAAUAGACACCACAUUGAUCAAUCAGAUAUUUACCACUACCGAUGAAACUAGCCGAUGAUGACAUCAAUAGAUUGGCUUUUACUGAAUCAAUUAUUGCACGGCCAUCAUAUGCAAAUUCUCCAAUGAUUUGACAGAUUUCUACAGGACACUGACUAAAUGAAACGGGUGCUAAACCAAUCCCUCGGAUUCCCAUUCGAUUCCAUUCAGCUUCGAUCUGCAAUCUAUUCGUUUCAUUUUGCAGGAGUAGCACCACACCAGAUUGAAUAUCGUUGACGGCAGGCAUUAGACGAGCUGAAAUGGCCAAUAUAUUUGCAUGUCUGACGUUAAUGACCCCUUUUUUUGGGUCCCAAAAGAAGCCAUCGUGCUGUCGAUGAAGGAUCUUUGAUGAGACAUGUUUCAUAUUGGGUGUGGGUAAAGACUAUAACUACACCCACAUCCACACCCAUCUCUGUUAUGCUUGUGCAUUGCAAAUCGAAGAUUACGACGAUUCUUUCUCGACAACUCCCAUGAGUUCAGUUUCAAUACAGUUCCUAUUCUACACAUACAAGCCUUCAGGAAGUGCUUGUGCAAGUCGUCUAACAAUCAUCUAUGAUCGUUCAAAUAGAGGCAUGAGUGUAAACCAAUGUAUUCAGUGGCACUAUCUUGUGUCUCUUUAAUUUUCUUUAGCAUGUAUUGGAGUUCCGAUUGGUAAGUGCGAUUCAUAAUUUUCUCGUUUUCCAUAUCCAAGAAGUAUCUUAAAGGUGUUAGAUUAACUGAGACAGUAAUUGCACAGACAUACUGUACUGGCCAAAAGAUUAUUGAUUUUGUCACAAGUUCACCCAUUGGAAUGACACACAGUGUGAUAACGAACACAAGUGCUUGUAAGUAGUUUGUUGUCUUUUAGCUAGAGUACACACAACGUUUAUUCUUCAUGAUAUUGAUUUUCGUAGAUCUUUCGACCAUGACAUUGACUUGGACACCACAAGCAGCACAAUCUGGUCCUCCAGGUUUUUGUGCUGGUGCAAUCGAUAAUAACAAUCUGCAGUCAGAUCCUUGGUGCAUUACGUAUUUAGUUGACUAUACGUCACCGAAUUUAAUUACUCCUACAAUUGUACAGGAUUCAGCAAGUCCAGUUGGUACUGUUUUUUCGACCCAAUCCGUAUUCUCAAUAAUGGGUAGGCAUCUUUUGAAAACAUAA